GUGCAACACUGAAAGAGAAACACCGGAGGAAACAUCUCUGUGCAGUGACAUGUGGACGCAAUAAAUGCACAUUGGUAGUGCAGCAGCAUCGGUGUCCGAUCCGCGGUAAAAGUAGAGGAGAGCAGCGGAAGAAACACGGAGCGCUUGUUCGUCCCCCCGGGUCAGCACCGCAGGGAGGAGACAGGCAGGGGAGGAAAGAUUCCCCUAAACACAGUGAGAGCGUCGGAUGAGGAGAAGAGGAGAGCGGAGGGCAUCGGAUAGGCAACAAGGAUGGCAGCUCCAGACUUAUUGGACCCUAAAUCCGCCACUCACAACACCAAGCCCCGCCUCUCCUUCUCCACAAAGCCAAUCACACUGACUCCCCGGGAGGAGAGUGAGGUGAGAGAAAAAACAGAGGAGUCCAGAUUUUUAAAAAUGGUUGCCACAGUGAUGAAAUGGAAGACGGUGACGGCCAUCUUUCUUUUGGUGGUCCUGUACCUGGUGAUGGGAGCAGCAGUCUUCAGAUCCCUGGAGCAGCCUCACGAGAGUGCCCAGCGUUUGGCCAUUCUCACCCAGAAGCUGGAGUUCCUGUCCACACACUCCUGUGUCAACCAGAGCCAGCUGGAGGAGCUGGUUAAGCAAGUAGUGUCUGCCAUCCGCUCAGGAGUGAACCCUGCAGGGAGGCUGACCAAUCACAGCAGCCUGUGGGACCUAAGCUCCGCCUUCUUCUUUGCUGGGACUGUCAUCACAACCAUCGGUUUCGGGAACACCUCUCCCCACACAGAAGGAGGAAGGAUCUUCUGCAUCAUCUACGCCUUGUUGGGGAUUCCUCUGUUCGGCUUCCUCCUGGCCGGCGUAGGAGAUCAGCUCGGCACCAUCUUCGGCAAGGGCAUCGCCCGAGUGGAGAAAAUGUUUGUGCACUGGGACAUCAGUCAGACAAAGAUCCGGGUCAUCUCCACGCUGCUGUUCGUGCUGUUUGGCUGCCUGCUGUUUGUGGCGCUGCCAGCGGCCAUCUUUAAACACAUCGAGGGCUGGUCUGUGCUGGAGUCCCUUUACUUUGUGGUCAUCACGCUGACCACCAUAGGAUUUGGAGACUUUGUGGCAGGUGGUUCAGAAAUAGAGUACUUAGAUUACUAUAAACCAGUUGUUUGGUUCUGGAUUCUGGUGGGACUCGCCUACUUUGCUGCCAUCCUCAGCAUGAUAGGAGACUGGCUCCGAGUCAUCUCCAAGAAGACCAAAGAAGAGGUAGUGGAGAUCCGAGCUCACGCUGCAGAGUGGACGGCUAACGUCUCCGCAGAGUUCAAAGAGACACGGCGGCGUGUUAGCGUGGACAUCCACGAUAAGUUCCAGCGUGCCACUUCAAUUAAACGCAAACUGUCCACUGAUCUGGGAUUCAUCCCCGGCCCUGAGCUCACCCUGCCCAGGAGGACCAUGUCCGUCAACUUCAGCGACGAGAGGAGCGAGAGUCUGAUCAGUCCUCUGGCCCGAAACGGAGGCUUGUUCAUGAACGGUUUGGACCCCGAGCGAGGAGAUAUCGUGGACCACUUCAAGUAGAGAAAUCGUUCCAAGGUCUUUCUGUUGGUGGCCUGAUGAGAAUGAAGCAGUGGUGACUCGUCUUUAGGGACCGCCCCACCUAGUGUCAGCAGAAAGUAAUGAAAAUAAUAAUUCCAAAAAUAUGCAAAAUAUAUUUUACGAUCAUAUUUAGUCGUCUGAUUCGUCUGUACAUUGCUGUUUUAGUCUGCGUUCUUCCAACUAGUGUCUACAGUGUGCCUAUUGAGCCGUGUUGAGCGAUGUGGGUCAAGCCCCUCUCUCUGCUGCCAAAAUGAAUGGGUGCUGUAAAAACUACACUGCGCAUGCUCAGAGUCUUUUUCUAUUCAAUGUGUGUGGCAAAAAAUCACCAGUGGGGCAAAGUGCUGGCAACCCCACCAAAACGUAAUCUCAUGAUUCAGAGAGCUGAUAGGCUGUAAAUACGUGUGCCGCGAAAAGUGUAGUUGUGAAGAGGAGACGAGAGAGGUGCAACUUAUAGCGAUUAAAAUCAGUAAAACGGAAAGAAAAUGAAUGAAGUUGACCAUCUACUUCAGCUUUGGUAAGUUCAUUUAUGUCAUUUUAUUGAAAAAACAAGUAGAAAAAUUAGAAUGUGGUACUCUGUGACGACCCAGAUGAGACUUGUUCACCCCGCUGCAGGAAUGUAAGCCUUGCUGAAGAACAUUUGUGGAUACAGCGGGACACUUUUCACCGCCAGGGAAAUAGAGAGCAAGAUGGAGGACUUUCAAAACAGUUGAUCUUGUUGGAAACGACAUUAAGUGAGUGUCUGUCAACUUAAGAUCUUGGAAUUAAGCAGAGAUGACAAUUUAAAAACGAAUUGAUUAUGAUUAUGAUGGUUUGAUAUGAUGAUAUCAGAGUUGUAAAAGGUACAGAAGAUUAUGAAAUACAAAGAUGACAGACUCUGGUGGUUAGAUGCAUAUGUUGUGCUAAAGACUGCAGAAUGUGAAGAUGUUGAGAGGAGGGGAUAUGCUUUGGUUUGUCGCACAAUCAGCCGUACUGAAGAACAACAUAGAUGGAAAACUGUGUUGCUGAUCAAGCUACAAACUCUAGCUCCUAUUUGAGCUGUAUUUAUCAGAUCUCUUCAGCAAACAUUAUAUUUAACAAGAAUGAAAAGUCCUGACCCAAAUAUUCAACUGUUAAGGGCCCUAUUAUGGUCAUUUACAGGUUCAUAUUUGCAUGUGGUGCCUCUAUUGUGACAUGUUUCCAUGCUUUAAUGUUCACAAAGGUCUUUAUUUUUACCGUCUGUCUGAAACCAGGGCCCAGUCUGCUCUGAUUGGUUAGCUGGCCGGCUCUGUUGUGAUUGGUCAACUGCUUAUAGAUGUCCCGCCCCUUAGUUUUUCACAUACAAUGUGUUGGAGCGCUAGCCACUAGAAGAGUGAGCGUAACGUAGUGAUGUCAUUAAGUAACGAAGAAAACUAAAGACUACAAUGGAGAAUAAUUAAUGGGGUUGACCACUGCAGCUUCCACAUUACUUUUUGAGGUUUCGAUCUCAUCAUAAUUUUGAUUUGACAUUGGAUUAUUUCCAGUAAAAAAUGUCCACCACCUCUUUUUGGUGUUGGUCAAGAGGACGAAGGUGAGCUUCAAAGUGGUCUCUCUGAUUCAGUCAUUUUGAAAGAAAUGUAAUCACUUAAUGUCUGACAUUUGUCAAACCGCUGCUGUGCCUUAAACUCUUCAUUAUGCCAAAUCAAGGCUAGCACAACACAUUGUAAGGGGUUGUUCUUAUUAUGUGUAACACUUAUAAGUAUUUAAACUGAAGAAAUAAGGUGUUUCAUAAGGCCAUUGCUGAUGUAUUUAUCUAGUCCAACAAAACCAAAUCAGUUGCUGUAACUACGGCCUGGAGCCAUGCGUGCCUAUGUGCAUCAAACCAUUUGUGUUUUCUAUAAUAAUAUAAUUUAAACGGCUCUUUUGACACACACACACACACACACACACACACAC